GAACUCCAAUAACAUUACUUCCUAUUAUUAUUUGUUUUCCCUUUCGUGAUCGCGCUAUUCUCAUUUUUUUAUUUAGUAUAUCGCCACGUCAAGCUUUUCGCUUUGCGUCCGACAUCCUACACAAAAGUUCUUGCUUUCAACCCCUUCCCCCCCCCCACCCCCACUGCGACACAUCCUAACACUUAUUCACGUUUACACUCCUUAGUUGACCUCAUCCACAAACCUGCCGUUUCUAUCUCGCCCGUUUUUAUUUAUUCCACUGCAGUCUGCUUAUCUUAUCAAAAGAAAGGUGGUCAUCAAAAAGGAAAAACGAAGAGCACGUCACCACCGUCAGUAACCAUGUCUGAACUGAUCAAGAUCGAUGCCGGCUUCCAGAACUAUGCCUGGGGAAAGGAUGCGAAGUCGAGCUUCGUCGCCAAGAUGAAGGGCCUCUCGAAAGACACUUCUGGAAAGUUCUAUGCCGAGUUGUGGGUCGGCACGCACCCGAGUUGCCCCUCGAAGGUGGCUGGUGCCAACGGUGAGCUGCUGGACGACUUCCUCAAGAAGCCGGAGAACCAAAAGAAGUACUUCUCGCCUGCGCACCAGGGCAGCGACUUCCGCAACACGCUCCCGUAUCUGCUGAAGAUCUUGUCGAUUCGCACCGCCCUCUCCAUCCAGGCACACCCAUGCAAGAAACUCGCGGAGGAGCUGCACGCGAAGCUGCCAGACAAAUACAAGGACCCGAACCACAAGCCGGAGCUCAUCUGCGCCCUAACGCCCUUCGAGGCACUCUGCUGCUUUCGCCCUCUGAAGGCGAUCAUCGCCUUCUUGAAGAAGGUCCCCGAGCUGGCAAAGCUGGUGGAGGCGGAGGAGGUGCUCGGCAAGUACUGGACGGCGUCGGCCAACGAGCUCCCGGCCGCGGACAGCGGCGAGGAGAAGCACGCGCUGAAGGCGAUGAUGGAAAAGCUGUACGCCGUUCCCGCAGACGUGUGCACGACGGCGCUGCGGGCACACCUGAAGCGCGUGAAGGACGAGGGUGAGAAGUGCCCUGAGGACGAGGUCUUCGCACGGACGUACAGCCAGUACCCGGACGACGUCGGCUGCUGGAUGGUGUACUUCCUGAACUACGUGCAGCUCGUGCCUGGUCAGGGCCUCUUCCUGUCCGACAGCGAGCCCCACGCGUACAUCAGUGGCGAGGGCGUCGAGAUCAUGGCGUGCAGCGACAACGUUGUGCGUGCCGGCCUCACGCCCAAGUGGAAGGACGUGCACACCCUCAUCAACAUGCUGAAGUACGACACAACCGGCCUCGACUCGGCCCGCCAUGAAAAGAGCACAAAGGAAGAUGAGGCGAAGUGGCAGGUGCAGCUCUAUCAGCCACCGAAGCAGUUCCCGGACUUCUCCCUGUAUCGGCUGCAGUACAACCACGGCUCCGGCCACGGCACGACUACCGUCACGCUGCCCACCAUCGGCCUCGGCUUCUGCGUGGAGGGCACGGCGAAGGUGAACGGUGUGGAGGUGAAAGCAGGCGACUGCUUCGCGGUGCCCUACGGCAAGAUGACGUGCCAGGCGGAAGGAAAGAACUCGUUGGUGUUCGUGGCGUCGACCAACGAUCUCAGCCACUGCAAGAGCGCGCUGUAG